CUUUAUUGGAACCCCUUGGGAAACAAGACUUGUCUUUAUUGGCUUGGCUUUAUUACUCUUUUGACCACAGACAAAGUCUUGGUUGUCACCUGACUGGCUGAACCUCAUGUCAUCUGCUCACAGGUGUAUAAAAUAGAUUAAAUCCUACAGGGCUUUUCUUUGUACCUGUGAAUGGAGGUUGAGUGUGUGCAUGUGUGUGGGUCAACGCUUAAAUAUGCACCCAAGUGCAUAUUCUGUGGAAGGACACCUGGAACAUAACUGCCCUCUGGUUUUCAAUCGCUGUCCAUCUGCAGAGCUGACAGCCAGAGAUGGGGCUUCUGGGCUUUUCAGAAGAUGAUGUGACCAAAGAGGCCGAGGAUUUGGGAAUUACUAGAGAGAGGUAUGUGAAGGAUCUCCUGCAAGCACUAACAAUAGGUGACGACGGAAGAGAAGGAGGCAACAAGGCUGUGUAUUCAUUUCAACUUGCCCCAGAUCACUGCCAACUGUCGUAUCAGAAGAUCUGCAAUGAUGUCACGGUACACUUAGGCUCUGUGGACCUCCAAGCAGCUCCAGACCCACUGGAGUUAAACCAGGAGAUCAUUAGCCAGUCCAUAAAGCGCAACACACAUUUGGAGUCCAAAAACAAGAAGCUGAUGGAGGAGAACCACAGACUGAAAAAGGAGCACCAGCAUAUUCUUGUAGAUUUACAACAGCUGGUUGACAAUAAGGAAACAUUGGAGCAAGACCUGUACACACGCUUUGUCAAGAUACUGAAUGAAAAGAAGGCAAAAAUCCGAGGACUGCAGGAGAGACUGCAUCAGCUCCAACAGACCGUUCAGCAGAGAGAUGUGGAAACCAGACAAAGUGAUGGCGACUCCACUGAUGUUGAAGAAGAUGAUGGAAGUCAAGACCAAGGAGAAGUGGCGACGCCGAGCGUCCAUCCUUCACAGGAGCCCACCAUCUAUAUCACAGGUCGAAAUCUUGAGUGUCAUGGUGUCCCAGUGGACCGUACAUUCUCUGACAGUGAAGAAGAAGAACAACCAAAAAGGAAGCGCAGGCUGCAGAAGUCUUAAAGCUUCUCAGCAGGAGUAAAGCCACAGUUUACUCUUGUUUACAAAGGAUAUCUG